AUGGGUAAACACCACUUACAACUCUUUGCCGGGCUGUCUCUGUGCUCGACAGGACUGGAACUUACGAUCAAGGACCAAGUUCGCAAGAUGGUGGUGGCUUGUGGCGGUUGUUUUGGUGACGACCUCAAUGUGGAACUCACUACUCACGUCAUUGCCACAGCCGCGGGGUCUCUGAAAUACCGCGUCGCUGUGGCUCAUGAGCUGCCUGUGGCGUCACCUCGUUGGGUCUUUGAGAGUUUUCGAGCUCAGAAGCUACUGGAUGUGAAGGAGUUUCCGCUCAAAGUCCUCGAAGGGAUGGGCGUGUGUGCAUCUGGACUCACUGUUGAAGAAAAAGAGACGGUAGAGCACUUGGCUGCGACUCUUGGAGCUCACUACGGGGGACGACUGGAGCUGGGCUUGACGAGUGUACUCGUUGCAAAGCAUCCAGAAGGAGCCAAGUAUGAAGCGGCGGUCGACAAUGACAUUCCAGUCGUGCAUCUUGGGUGGCUGUACGCAUGCUUGGAACGCCAAAUGCUCGUCGAGGAAGACGAGUUUGCCUUGUUACCGGAAGCAGCCGAUCCAGACUUGCAGGUCGCGUGUGACUCUGUGGGUCAACGAAAACUUGCUCAGGAACUUGUGACAGCAUUGCCUGAGUACAUGAGAAGAUAUCGCCGUCGAGAGAAGGGAAGUAGCGACGAUGCGACCGACAACGACGAAGAUGAUGAGCCAUGGAUGGAUUUGUUUGACUGCUGUGUUGUGCACCUGCUGGGCUUUCCGCCACAGAUGAGUACGCUGCUCCAGCAGCUGAUUCGAGCUGGAAUGGGGACAAUUUAUCAUACCAUGGGGACGCACCACAUGACGCAUGUGAUCGUGAGCGCGUCGUUAUCGGAUAAGCAGACACUGGACACCAUUCGGACUCGCGCGAGUACUGGCACAACCAGAAGCCAGGUGCACGUUGCGUCGGCUAGUUGGGUGCUUGAUUGUGUCAAGUGUUUGGACUUGCAACCCGAGGAGCUCUACCCGGUUGAGUUUGACCUGAACAUACCGGAGCAAGUGAGUGCUACAACGGUCCCCGCCGUCCGUGAUAGCAAUACCCUGCUCGACCACGACCAAGCACAUGCCGGAGCAAUAAAGGAUGUGAGCUUGACUUCGAUUACCGUGCCCGAAGAAGUAUUGCAACGAGAAGAUGGCAACAGUACCAUGGCGAAAGAUUCCAAUGCAACGAAGGCUUGUUCCAAGACUAAGCAGGAUGGCAUCUUUGCAGGAUACUCGUUCCUCCUGCUAUGCCGUGACCCUGAAGACAAGCACAUGAUCGCGCCUAUGCUCGCAAACAUUCGAGGAGAGCGAGGGGGUGGCGAGGCAAUCGCGAUUGCUGCUAUUGACUUUUCGCACGUAGAUCCAGCACAGCUUCUGUUUGUUAGCCAUGCGGUAGUGUGCACUGGCGUGAUGCUGGAUGAACAAGAGUCACUAGCGAUUCAAGACCGUAUCCACGAAUCCCAGCGCCACUUCAAUACACGGGAUGCAUUCGAUGAGGAUAACGUAAGAGACGUGGCCGAUAGACCUCUGAAGCGAAUGCGACACAACGCCUCGAAGCCACGGCAGCGUUUGUUACAAUUCGUGUCGGACUUGUGGGUCAACUGCUCGCUAGCAGCUCGGACCAAGUUAUCGUUUUCUUCGCACGAACUCUUUGGAACCAGUGCGAAUUAUCCACGGGCUUUGUUCCCUCAUCCCGUUCCGUUACCAGGCUUUGAAGAUGUGGUGGCUUCUACUUCAGUAUAUCGUGACGUUGAACAACUUGUGGUUGUUGAACUAUUACGGAUUGCUGGUGCCCGGGUUACGAGCACACUGAGCAAGCGUAACACCCAUCUUGUGUGUCGAAUGCCUUUUGGUAUGAAAUACGAUAAGGCUAUCAAGAGGGGAUUGCACGUUGUAAGAGCGCGAUGGGUGGUGGAUAGUCUGGUUGCAGGCAAGCGUCUUCGCGAGGAUGUAUCGGACUUCUGCGUAAUCGACGAUGAUGGAGAAACCAGCAGUUUUACCCACAUUGCGAGCAGUGAUACUGCCGACUUGGCAUGUGCCUCAAGUCCAUCUGCAAAGUGA